CCAAUACCACACGUUAUGCGAUCGCAAAUCUGUCACUUCAAUGCCGCUGUCGCUUUGUUCAAAUAUGGCCCCAUAAGGUUGUUUCCUCUCCAAAUUCCAUCGCUAUUUUUACUCUAAUACUCUAAAUCCCUUCACCCCACUAUGUAAAAUGUGCGAAUUUCCCCUUGUUCCCUCCGAAUUUCGAUCUUUUCUAAGGGAUUUCUUCGCAUUAUUCUUCUCUUUCCUCUUCGAUUUAAGGUCAAGGGUUUUGUUUAUCAAGUUUUCCUGAAAACCCACUUCGGAUUUUGAGGGGUUUUUGAGAUUUUUGUGUGUUUUUGAGAUCGCCAAUAAUGGAGAUGUCGUUGUUCGAGCCAAGAACAGCGGUUUCUUACCCGUUUUCCAGCUUUAAGCACCAAGUUGAGAGGUUUUCUAGGUGUUCUUCUUGCAAAGGUAGAUUUUUCAGGGCUUCUUAUUCAAGACUUCCAAACAAAGCUUCUUGUAGUGGAGGUGUGAGUUCAAUUAGCCAAGAAAAACUAGCAGCUGAAGCUUUUACUCAUAAGAUAAAUGGAACAAAUGGAUUGAAUUCUAAGCUGUUUUCAAGAGAUAGUAGAUUGUUAGAUGCUGCUGAUGAUCAAUAUGAUGGAAUUGUUAUUGAUCCAAAUGGAUUACCUUCGAAUCCGAUCGUCUUUUCGUCGAAUCUUCGUUUCUCUCUGUCUCAUUGGAAAAAGAAGGGAAAGAAGGGAGUUUGGCUUAAGUUGCUAGUCGAACAGUCCGAGCUUGUUCCGAUCGCCAUAAAGGCAGGAUUUCAAUACCAUCACGCUGAGCCGGGUUACUUGAUGUUAACUUAUUGGAUACCCGACGGACCCUGCAUGCUUCCUGCAAAUGCUUCGCAUCACGUCGGGGUCGGAGGAUUCGUCAUCAAUGACAAAAACGAGGUCCUGGUAGUGCAAGAAAAAUACUGUUCUCCACAAUUCGCUAAUUUUUGGAAGAUACCAACCGGUUUCAUCGUUGAGAAGGAAGAGAUCUAUACAGGAGUUGCUAGAGAAGUUAAGGAGGAAACUGGUAUUGACACUGAAUUUGUUGAAGUAAUAGCUUUCAGGCAUGCUCACAACAUAGCGUUCGAGAAGUCCGAUUUGUUCUUCGUCUGCAUGCUUAGACCCUUAUCGACCCAGAUAAUCGUCGACGAUUUCGAAAUUCAAGCAGCAAAGUGGAUGCCUUUAGCUGAGUUUGUGGAGCAAUCCCAUGUAAAAGAAGAUGUGAUGUUUAAGAAGAUUAUCGACAUUUGCAUCGCUCGACUCGAUAAAUAUUAUUGUGGCUUGAACGUUCAUCAACUCGUCUCGAAGUUCGAUGGUAAACUUUCGUCACUUUAUUACAAUAUCGUCGACGGGGAGGAUCUAAACUGUGCUGGAAACUGAAGGGAACACAACCUGUUCAUAGCUGAUUUAGUAGUAUAUAUCAUUAUGUUAUUAGCACAAUUAGGUGUGCUUUUUUGUACAUGGCUGAUUAUAAAUAAACAAAAAGAACUGUUAUUUGAGUUCCAUAAAUCUAUUCCAAAGGGAUUUCAUGUGAA